AUGUUAUUUUCUUAUAUCGGCGUGAGUCAAAUUGUUCCAGAAAGUCUUAUGAAUAGCAUUGGUGGUUUGUCAGGUAGUGGCCCAGCAUUUGCAUAUCUCAUCAUAGAAGCAUUAGCAGAUGGAGCUGUAAAAAUGGGGGUGCCAAGACCAAUGGCAACUAAAUUUGCAGCGCAAGUACUAGUAGGAGCUGGAAAAAUGGUUCUCGAAACAGGACGACAUCCUGGCCAGUUGAAGGAUGAAGUCUGUUCGUCUGGAGGUACCACUAUUACUGGCAUUCAUGCAAUGGAAAAAGGAGGAGUCAGAUGCAUGAUGCAUAAGGCUAGUAGAGCGGCUUACGGCCCUGAAAUAUUUGAGAUUACUAGUCAAUGGAUGGCGCAAUUGUUGGAUUGA